AUGCCCGCCGUCAAAGGGGAUGGAAUGCGCGGCCUUGCCGUUUUCAUAUCGGAUAUUCGGAAUUGUAAAAGUAAGGAAGCCGAAUUGAAACGAAUCAACAGAGAAUUGGCAAAUAUUCGCAGCAAAUUUAAAGGUGAUAAAAUGAUUGAUGGUUAUCAGAAAAAGAAGUACGUUUGUAAACUUCUGUUCAUCUUCCUUCUUGGCAAUGAUAUUGAUUUCGGCCAUAUGGAAGCGACUAAUUUAUUAAGUUCAAAUAAAUACACCGAGAAACAAAUUGGUUAUCUUUUUAUUUCGGUACUGAUAAAUAAUAAUUCCGAUUUGAUCAAAUUGAUUAUUCAAUCAAUAAAAAAUGAUCUCCAGUCACGCAAUCCAGUUCAUGUUAAUUUGGCAUUACAAUGCAUUUCAAACAUUGGUAGUAAGGACAUGGCUGAAGCAUUUGCUCAAGAUUUACCCAAAUUGCUGGUUUCCGGGGAUACAAUCGAUUUUGUGAAACAAAGCGCAGCAUUAUGCCUGUUAAAACUGUUCAGGAUAUGCCCAGAUGUUUUACCGCCGAGCGAAUUUUCCUCUCGUAUUGUUCAUCUAUUAAAUGACCAGCAUUUGGGUGUUGUUACAUCAGCUGCUUCGCUAAUCGAAGCAUUGUCCAAAAAAUGGCCUGAUGAAUAUAAGGGAUGCAUCUCGUUGGCUAUUUCAAGGUUAAGUCGAAUCGUGACUGCAGGUUACACCGACUUGCAAGACUAUACUUAUUACUUUGUACCAGCGCCCUGGCUUUGUGUGAAAUUAUUGAGAUUGCUGCAAAAUUAUCCACCACCAGAGGAUCCAAGCAACAAGUCUCGUUUAAUGGAGUGUUUGGAAGGAAUCUUGAAUAAAGCUAUGGAUGCUCCAAAAUCCAAAAAAGUGCAACAUUCGAACGCUAAAAAUGCAGUGCUCUUUGAAUCAAUUGCUCUGAUCAUCCAUAUGGAUACGGAACCAAGUUUACUUGUUCGAGCUUGCAAUCAGCUAGGCACUUUUCUAUCCCAUCGUGAAACAAAUUUAAGGUACCUUGCUUUGGAAUCAAUGUGUUUACUGGCAACUUCAGAAUUUUCACAUGAAGCCGUAAAAAGACAUCAAGAAACAAUUAUAAAUAGUUUGAAAACUGAAAGAGACGUUUCAGUUCGCCAGCGUGCAGUUGAUCUGCUCUAUGCUAUGUGUGAUCGAUCAAAUGCCGCAGAAAUUGUUUUCGAGAUGUUAUCAUAUCUUGAAACAGCUGACUAUUCGAUUCGAGAAGAAAUGGUACUGAAAGUUGCGAUUUUGGCUGAAAAAUACGCUACGGAUUAUACUUGGUAUGUAGAUGUCAUCCUAAAGUUGAUACGAAUUGCUGGUGAUUACGUAUCUGAAGAAGUCUGGUAUCGUGUUAUUCAAAUUGUUGUAAAUAGAGAGGAUGUACAAGGCUAUGCAGCUAAAACUGUUUUUGAAGCAUUACAGAGACCAGCUUGUCAUGAAAACAUGGUCAAGGUUGGAGGUUAUAUAUUGGGAGAAUUUGGAAAUCUGAUAGCUGGAGAUGCUCGAUCAAGCCCACAAGUUCAAUUUGAACUCUUACAUAGCAAGUAUCAUUUAUGCUCCAUUGCAACGAGAUCCCUUCUGUUGUCAACAUACGUAAAAUUCUGCAAUUUGUUCCCAGAAAUCAAAGGAAUGAUUCAAGAAGUUUUUCGCAUGGAUCACAAUUUGCGUAAUCCCGACGCUGAGUUGCAGCAGCGUGCUGUAGAAUAUCUUCAUUUAUCCAAAGUUGCUUCUCCUGAUGUUCUUGCAACGAUACUGGAAGAAAUGCCACCCUUCCCAGAGAAAGAAAGCUCUUUGCUCGCUAAAUUGAAAAAAUCGAAACCACAUGUGGAAGAGCUUGUAAAUCAGGCUGCUGAAAAGAAGCAGCGUCCGACUGCAAUGAUGAAUCAUGACACAAAGCAAACGUCGGGCCAGUUAUUGGAUAUUAGUCCCGGUUUGGAAACCAAGGCUCUAGUAGAUAUAUUUAGUGCUCCAGCUGCAGCAAAUGGUGUACAAUCGACAAUGGCUCCAACAAAUGGUGAACCUGCUGUGGAUAAUUAUCCAGAUGUUCUAAAGUUCGCAACAAAGAAUAGUGGUGUGCUUUACGAAGAUUCUACGAUUCAAAUUGGAUAUAAAUUAGAAACCCGAGCUAAUCUUGCACGCUUAGGAAUGUUUUAUGGGAAUAAAACUAAUUAUGCAUUCACUGAUUUUAGCCCAAGCUUGUUUUGCUCCGGAAUUCUUAGCACACAACUGAUUGCACAGUGCAAAGCAGUAGAUAGUACGAUAACAGGUGGAUCACAAGUGCAACAGUUAAUCAAUUUUGUAUGCGAGCAAGAAUUUCAUCGUUGUCCUCUUCUUCACCUCAUUUUCACUUUUUCUGAUGUUAGCAAUAGACAGCAAUCUUUUGACAAGACUUUUGCACUUCCCAUUUUUAUCAAUAAGUUUUUUGAACCAACGGAUAUGUCCUCAGAACAGUUCUUCACUCGCUGGAAACAACUUUCUCAAUCAACUCAAGAGAAUCAGAAAAUAUUUCCUGCGAAAUUACCAAUAGAUCGAGAACAGAUUAGAACAAAACUGAGUGGUUUUGGACCUCGGUUGUUACAAGAAGUAGAUCCAAAUCCGGAGAAUUACGUUUGUGCCGGAAUAGUUAAUACGAAAAUGCAGCAAAUCGGUACUCUUAUUCGUUUGGAACCGAAUAAACAAGCAAAGAUGUAUCGAUUGACUGUUCGAAGUUCUCGUGAUACUGUUGCAAGUCACUUGUGCGACAUACUAUCGCAGCAAUUUUGA